GGUUUGGUCAGUUACGAACCAUAGUUAUUGCCGGGAACCCAACUAACAUUGGCUUUACCUGCGGCAUCUGUAACGCACACUUGUUACAGCCGAGAUUCUGUGUCCAAACCAAACCACGAUUCCACACAGAAAGCAAGAUGAUCCCCAAAUCUUCCAAACCCUAGAUCUCUCCGAUCCAUUCGAUACAGAAGAAGUUUGUUGGUAGAUCAUGAAGCGGAAACAAGCGUGCAGGGGGAGGGGACGGCCGCGAAAGAACCCGAAUGUGGUGAGUGAAAGAGUGGUGAGUGAGAGGGUGGUGAGUGAGAGAGUGGUCAAUGAGAGAGAAAAUGCUUUCUUGAAUUUUGUAAGUCACAAUGUUGAAGAAGGAAAUAAUAUUCUUGAGCAUUAUAAAACUGAUGAUGAGGACCGCAAUGACGAGGAAUUUAACCCCGAAUUGGAGAUUGAUUCAGGGAGUAAUUCUUCUUCAAUGGGGAGUGACUGGUCAGAUGGGGAUCAAAAUGUGAGUUCUUUGGAUAGGACAGUGCAGAACUUGCUUAAGAGGUAUGGUGAAGUGAAUCACCAGAUGGCAAACUCAUCGAAGCAGAUUGACGGUGCGCAAGUGAUGCCAUUGGCAGUCUCGGGUUCUAGGUGUAGGUUCCAGAAUGAGCAAGAAUCGCCUGUGCAUGAACCUCGUUCUAACAAGAAAGAAUUGGGUGCUGCCCUCGCGGUUAUUAGGAAAGUUAUGAGAAUGGAUGCAGCUGUACCUUUCAACAUUCCCGUGGAUCCAAUAGCUCUGAGGUUACCUGAUUACUUUGAUGUCAUAGAAAUGCCAAUGGAUUUUGGAACAAUUUGCAACCAUCUUCAAAAUGGUACAAAGUAUACAAACUCGGAGGAUGUAUUCAAGGACGUCCAAUACAUUUGGGAGAACUGCACCAACUAUUACAGUGAGGGUAACUUUCUUUUGGACCUUAUGAAACGGGUGAAGGAGAAAUUCCUGAAAUAUUGGGCAGCUGCUGGUUUGUGCAGUAAAGAAUGUGGGACAAGUAAUGUUUUACCAAGCUCUAAUGUGGGGAAAAGGAAGACACGAGGACCUACCCGUAACCUUAAACUAGCUCAAAUUCCUCCUGGAGAAAGAUUUGAAAUCGGCUGGAAGAACCGGAGGGCCGUAGGUGAAGGCUCCACGUUUUUCAAAUCAGAGUGUACAGCCCUAGUUAGGCAAACCCGGGAGAUACCCCUACAAGUCAAGUCAUGGAAGGAAAUCCCAUUUGAUAUUAAAAAGAAGGCAUUUGAACAUGUCUUGGUCCGUACAACAAAAAAUUUGGAAAAGCGUUUCAAAGUUGAAGAUCACAUGAAAUGGGUCUUGGAUCAGAUUCAUAGAUCCUACCACAGUUAUCGGCAUCACCUUAAGAAGACGUGCUAUGAAACAUGUGAGACGAUUGAGGAAGCACGUGAAAAAGUACCACCAAAUGUUGCAGAGGAUGAUUGGCAGUAUCUUGUAAAUUUGUGGAGCUCACCUGAAUGGCAGGUACUUAGUAAGCAAAACAGGGAGAAUGGUUCCAAAAAUAACAUUAUUCACACAUCUGGCUCCAAGAGUUUCUCGCAAAUCCGUGAGGAAGAGAAAAAGAAGACUGGAAAUGAGCCUGGCCGUACACUUUUCUGGGAACUCACGCAUGUGCGGCCUGAUGGACUAGCCGCAAAUCCAGCUUCACAGGAGGCAUUGUCAAAGCUUAAGAGACUUUAUGCUCAAAUGGCAGCGGAAAACUCACAGAUGACUGAAGAUGAGAUUUUUGUAAAGGUUUUUGGACCUGAGCGUUCGUCGAGGGUGCGUGGUUAUGGGGAUGGUGUAACACCUAAAGAGUUAAUGGACCCAUCGUCGUCGUCGUCGUCUAUUGUCAGUGAACUUAAAAGGCAACUUGAAGAAUCAAAGCAGCGACAAGAGGAGUCUGAACAAAAAAGUGCUGCUGAGGUACAGAGCUUGAAAGAGCAACUUGGUCGGGUUGAGGGCUUGCUAUCAGCGCAAAUGAGUCGGUUUGAAGGUCUACUAGUACAGUUGACUAGUCAUAUGCAACCCCCUUCCCAGAUUGAGAGGCCUACAGAAAAUCAACUCCCUCGAAAUGGUCGGACACGGACUUCCCGACCUAGAAGAUGAAAUCCAUAUCAGCUAUGUUUAUGUUCUGUUUAUCCAUCAAGAAGCUGAAGUAAUAUAUUCGGAUCAUUGUAUUAUAUUUCAUUUGAUGCAUCAAAAGCUUUUUGUGAAUCAGAUGAAUGUGUUCAAUUUACUAUGGAUGGUUAGUGGAUUUUCUGUUCAAUUAGUGACUGGUGGACUUGUAUCAAUGGAUCAUUAGGGUUUUUAUGGACUUUUUAACGGAAAUUUAACCUCCA